AUGCCCUCCAACUCUGGGGGCUACACCCAGGUAGAGGUUAAAGGAUUUGACUUACAGACCAAGGAAAGGAAAGGCAGCCAGGGCUUUGUGUUCCCAGACCUGGGUGCCUUGACCCCAGGCAGGGAAUUUCCAGCUAUUUGUGAAUCAGGCCCACCUGAGGGAAUUAAGGAGGCUUCCAAGAAGGGAAAGGGGCAUGAAGCAAAGAGUAAGAGUCGAAUUGCUCAGGUGAUGAGACUUUUAGGGCUGCUGAUAUCGGAAGGAAGCAUUCAACCAGAGAAAAGUAAACAGCAAUUUUGAAUCUACUACACACAUUGUUAUUUGAACACUCACAGAAAACUAUUAUCUUCCCCCCGCCCUCUACAAAGCAUCUCCAGGGCACAUAUUAUUGUGAGGCCUCCAUUUUCAUCCUUGCAACCAGUGUUCAGAGCUCACAGAGCUUAUCAUGUUUAUUAUAUAACAAUAAGACAUAAGCCAAAACAACUUGCUGCUGGGCUUUUAAACAUAGCAACAGCAGAAAUCUUUUCUGGGCUUGAGGAAGAGCCACUUCAAAUGUCUACUAAUUUCAGCAAUUUUCUGGUCUAUGGAAUGAAAAGUCUAAAACUGGCUGAAGGUAUUUAAGUACACUCACAGAAAGCCCUCCGCUCCACCAUCGGACACCAUGACGCAAGGGGGCAGGUGGGGAGGAAAGCGGCACGCUCCCUGGUUGUUGGGAUUCACAAGCUGCCUUUCAAAGGACUAUUGCCUGGGUGGCAAAUGCUGUUGGAGGAGGAAAGCGAAAGGCAUGAAACAGGGACCCUUCAAAGUGGCCACCAUGGUAAUGUCACUCAGUGGCACAGGGCUUGUUCCUCCCUUUUGUUCUCUUUUCUAGUAGGAGGACCAUCAGCAGUUGUAUUCAAAUGA